AUGGCCAGACCGCAGUCCAAGGAGGCCAAAGAGAAGGAACUCGAGAAUACAACCUACUCCAUCUGGUAUUUCCUGCCAAACGCAUACCAAGUCAACGUCGACGCGUCCAAGAUAGAAAGGCCGCCUCCGGUGAUUCCAAAAUGGGCUCCGAAAUCAAUGCCGAUGAUUCCGGUGGGCGUUUUUACGGAUAUGCCGAACAAUUGGUCAGACAGAGGCUACUGGACCAAAUUCCAUGGGACUACAGCCUUCUUGAAACUUAGCAUCACGGCCCCAUGGACGCAAGUCUGCGAUUCGUCCGGUAAACCCUUACGUGAUGGACAGUCAGUGCUCACCCCGGAGUUCCAAUCAAGGAAAGCACAGCUAGUCGCCGCGAAGGAAGUUAUGGAGAAACAUCUAAAAGAUCUGAUUAGCAUGCAAUCCGAGGUGAACAUUAACAUGAUUAACUGGCGGGCCCAGCGCCGUAUUUGGGAAGCGCAAGUCCCAAUCAGCCAGGGAGCACCGAAACCAGACGAUAUCCAGGAAUGGGUCCAGAUCGCCAACCGGGAAGACCAAACGAGUCCACACACAGGAGAUCCCUCUUCCAGUAUACCUGGAGACCAAGAUCAAAGCGACGAAAGAUGCCAUCCCCUUCAUCACCUUCGCAACAUUGCGAAGGAAGAACCCCGUGCAAAGAAACGAACACUCAUAAUCCAAUAUGCUGAUGAUGAAGAACCGACGGACGAGGCUGAUCCAGCCAUCCCGCGACCCAUGGACCGCGAACUACUCAUGGCAUGGAUCUGCGAAAGGUACAACAAGUGGUCCGUUAAGGCGCCGAAGCGUCGCGACGAUCCCUUCGAGUUCUACGGUCUGCCGGAACACCCUGAUGGAUUUUUGACAAAACCAACUGGCCCAACCGUGUCUCUGGGCUAG